AUGGCCUCUCUCCUCAAAAGUAUGGCCACAGGAACAACCACUGCUGCUCAGGAUGCUACCACCGCUGCCAAAAACACCACUACUGCUGUCGCCGAUGACACCACCGGUGUUGUUACGGACAUCUUGAAAAAGUUUGAUGACCUCAUAAUUAGCUUUGCCAAUGAUACACAAGAGGUCUUGCACGUUUACACUUUCGACCAUCGUACCAGACGCAUCAAAGAGACAGCUAUUAUUCCGUUCAAGAAUGUGGAUGCAACCAAGAUACUGCUCUCGGAUGUUCGUGAACUGCUGCUCAGUGAAAAGGCUGUAGAACCCAGACUACUGUGGAGUGAAAUAUGCAACCAGCGAGGCGCCAAGGUUCAGGAUACGAUUUCCUUCCAGGCUUACCUUGACAUUCUGAACGAGAAGUCGAGCGAGGUUGGGGAAACCACGGAGGACAACGCCGAUACCUAUCGAGUCUACCUCUUAUCAGAGGAAAUUGCGGACAACAGCUAUAUUCGCAGUUUUCUAGAUAGAGGUGCCAAAGCUACUAUUGAUAAGCUUGCGCAGCAACCUGUUGCUGCUGCCCAGCCGAAGGUUCCCGAAGUGCCCACCAGCUUUAGCCACAAUAUAUUUCUCAAUCCUACCACGACAUUUAGCAUUAUCCAUGCGGCGGACAUGUCGGAGAAGCAUUGGAGCGUGGUCAUUCGCAAUAACUCGCUUCUAAAUGCCCACCAGGUGAUUGAUGCUGGCGGUAGGGUAGGAAAGAUUGUGGAGCGUUCAAUGCACACAACCUUUCGUCUCAAACCACGGCUUUUCCUAAACUACCAGAUCUCUGCCAGUGCCGCCUCGGACUCCAUCGCGAAGCAAAAGCAAAUGCUGAGAAUUCCCCGCUUCCGCAUUGAAGACGACUCCUACAUCGAACAAUUCCAGACUAGCAAGUCGGUCUCACGGGCAAUUGCGCAGAGCUCCCUGUCGGAGACGUCGGCAGAAGCGGCAGUGAGUGGGGGUGCCUUCGGUUUUAGUGCCAGUGCAUCAGCAAGCUACAGCGAUGAGAAAUCCUCCACGACAGCAUCAAGCUCGAGCAGUGAUACUCAGGUCAUGACAAUUACUUACAACUUCCCGCGAGUGGUGAUCGAUUUUGACCAUCACAGUCUGGAGCUCACCGAGGAGUGCAAGGCAGACCUUCUUUCUAUAGACUCGGCUGCGGGCAUUAAUAGCUUUAAGGAAAAAUACGGUCGCUUCUUUGUUACUCGCAUCGAGCUGGGCGGAAGGCUUCACGCAUCGGAAGAGACUACUGCGACCACCGAGACCGAAAAGGCAGAGCAAGCCCGGUCGCAGAAAGCCGCGGCAGCUCUAUCCUUCUCUUCCCCGUAUGUGCAAGCAUCAGCAAAGAUGAGCCACGGUGAGGCAUCAUCCUCCAACUCGGAUAAGUCAAGCAGCUCAUCGAGCCACUCGAUGUGCUGGGAAGCGAAGGGCGGUGAUACACUGCAAUGCAAUGACCCCACUGCAUGGGCCUACACAGUUGGAUCGUUCUACAACUGGCGACCAGUUAAGCAAUCGAGGGUCCUCUCCCUGGAGGACGUGAUUUCAACCAUUCCCGGUCACCAAGACACAAAGGAAAACUGGGCGAAUAUCCUCAAGACCAACACGAAGACCGAACCCGCGAACACGAAGACCGAGAUCGGCUUCUCUAUCGAAACCGCCGCCCAGGGCAAAAGCCUAACCGUGGCAUCUAGUGAUGAGGGUGGAUUUCUUGGAACUGUAUUUAAACAGGCCGAGGAAGUUCCCAUCAGCGACCAACGCGCGAUUUACCUCAAAAGGCUUUCCCAAGCUACCUCGGGCGGCACUCCUCUUGUUUAUGGCCCGCUAGGCAGCUCAGCCAGUCAGAAGUUCUUCAUCGAAGUGGACAACAAGGACGGUGAAAAGGCAACAAUCAAAUACAACCAACCGUACCGUAUCUACAGCAAGACCGGCGACAAAGAUAGUGACCGCAAAUGGCUCGGCUCCACCCCGACUCUCGAGGGAUACGUGGAUACCUCCCUCAUCUGGGCCGGCAGCGAGGAAAACGCCACCAAGUUCCAAUUCGUCUAUCCGUUUAUGGGCGGGAACUCUCUUGACAUCGAGGACAGCGCCCCCAUCAGCAUCUCCAUGUAUAACCAGGAGGAUGAGCAUAUUGGCUUGGCCAUGGCGGUUCCAAGUGAAGGGCUUAAAUCCGCCAAGGCGGUCGGGGUGGCCCAAAACUCUUACCGCUCUCUGAGGGAUACGCUCUUCAAAUUCACCUAUGUUUAGGUUAGGCAGCUUGCGGAAGUGGUCUAUCUAUCUACUUGCUUGCUACUGGUUGAUGAUGAUUGAUGGUGGCUUGUUUCCGGAUCGUAAAUCCGGUAUCAUAUCUCGAGAAUGGAUCUUUGUUUUUGUUUUGUUUUGUUUCGUCCUUGAAUUGAAUGAGACUUGACUCCAUAGACUGACUGGCCAAUCAUAUCAUUCAAUAUUCUGUUGGACAAAAGGGCUUAGCCCCUCUAACUAGAAACGUGUCUCGACCCUGAUCUAUCUAGCUGGGAAUGUCCCAUCUGUGGUAUUUAUAGGGUCAUAUGAUCAG